UUCUCUUGUCGCUUAAGGCUAUAUAAAAUCACAUUCAUCAUCUUCACUUUAGUAUUUUAGUUCAUAGUUACAAAGCUUUCUUUCUUUUGUCUCACUGUUUCUCUAUUAAGAUAUGGCCGGAGGAGAAACAGAAGGACUUUCUUUACAGAACACUCCGACAUGGAUCGUCGCCCUUGUUUGUUCAGUUAUCGUCAUAAUCUCGCUCUUCGUUGAGCGUCUUCUUCACUAUCUUGGAAAGUUUUUGAAGAAGAAGAACCAGAAACCAUUGUUCGAUGCAUUGUUGAAGGUGAAAGAGGAGUUGAUGCUUCUCGGAUUCAUUUCUUUGUUGCUUGUUGUGUUUCAAGGGGCUCUUCAGAAAAUUUGCGUCUCUGGUGACAUUCUAAAGCAUAUGCUCCCUUGCAAGAGGAAUACGGAAACAGUGUCAGAGCAUUUUGUCGUUGGUGGCCGGAGAAGUUUACUAUCGAGUGGUGGCGCUGAUUCGGACUAUUGUGUUAAAAAGGGGAAAUUUCCAUUGCUUUCAGUCGAAGCAAUUCAUGAUCUUCACAUCUUUAUCUUUGUAUUGGCGAUUACUCAUGUCGUCUUCAGUGUGAUCACUAUGCUUUUAGGAAGUAUGAAGAUUCGUCAGUGGAAAAAAUGGGAGGAUUCGAUUCAGACAAAUAAUACAGGGAGCAGUGGUCAGGGUAUCACUCAUGUUCACCAGCUCGAGUUUGUUCGAAAGCGAUUUAGACGAUUCGGGGUUGACUGGCCGAUACUAACUUGGGUGCAUUCCUUUUUCAAACAAUUUUUUGGGUCUCUCACCAAAUCAGACUAUGAAACCAUGAGACUUGGUUUCAUCAUGACACAUUGCAAAGGAAAUCCAAAAUUUAAUUUUCACAAAUACAUGGUGCGAGCUCUAGAAGCUGACUUCAAGAAAGUUGUCGGCAUAAGUUGGUAUCUCUGGAUCUUUGUGAUUGUUUUCAUGUUGCUGAAUGUUCACGGUUGGCAUGCAUAUUUUUGGCUCUCUUUCGUUCCUUUGAUUGUCCUUCUUGCUGUGGGUACUAAAUUGGAGCAGGUGAUCUCUCAAUUGGCUCAAGAAGUUGCUGAAAAACAUUCGGCAAUUGAAGGGGAUCUGGUUGUGAGCCCUUCCGACGACCAUUUCUGGUUUCACAGACCCCAAAUUAUACUGUUAUUGAUACAUUUCAUCCUCUUCCAAAAUGCAUUUGAGGUUGCAUUCUUUUUCUGGAUACUGACAACAUUUAGCUUCAAUUCAUGCAUCAUGGGAUCAAUCGGUUAUGUUAUCCCAAGGCUCGUAAUUGUUGUGUUCGUUCAGCUCGUCUGCAGUUACAGUACCUUGCCACUCUACGCCAUCGUCUCUCAUAUGGGGACCUCGUUUAAGAAGUCUAUAUUCGAUGAGAAUGUUCAAGAGGGGCUCGCCGGAUGGGCUAAAAAGGCAAAGAGGAAGAAGGGGCAUUCAACAGAGAAUACCGUUUCGAACCGUGGUGGUUCGACAACUAAUGGUGGUUCGACAAUUAAUGGAUCUCCUACAAGUGUCAUGUUGCACAACAUGGUCAGUCAUCAUGAUCCUUCUUUCAUGGAAGAGGGAAGGCAACUUGAAGAAGAACAGAGAGCAUGAAUAUACUGUCUUUUUGCUUUUUGACUAUUACUUCCGUGAAUAUGUUGCACUUGUAUCUUUAGUUUGUUUAUGUCAUCUUGUAUAUUAUUUAUUGUAUCUUUGUUUUGUUAGUUAUGAACAAAGAUUGGCCAUGUUGGUUCAAAAUUUUACAAGUAUAAAUUUGAUUUU